GUAAUAAUAAAGUAUAUUAAAAAAAAACUCAGAUUUCUACUUCAUCUGAAACUUUCCCUUUGCACAAUUCUUUCUUUCUUUUCACUUUUGUAUUUCUAGGUUUUCUUCUCUUCAAUGGGUUUAAGGAUGUUGCGAGGAAGAGCUCUUCGGCACUUGGGUUCAAUUCAUAACCCCAGAGAUUUCCUUCUUCGCCCAUCGCAUUCUUCUUCAACUUUCUCCACCGUAGUUAGUGGCAGUGUUAUACACAGAACCAAACUACUGGAUUCCAUCAGAAACAUCAGAAAUUUGGGCACUGCUUUGGAUUUGUUCCACCAAAUGGUUGCAAUGAAGCCUCUCCCACGUGAACAGGCCUUCACCUUAUUGUUCGGCAUCAUUGCAAAGAUGAAACAUUACACAACUGUCAUUUCCCUUACCAAACACAUGUGUUCCCUUGGAGUGAAACCAGAUGUUUACACGCUCAAUAUCGUCAUCAAUUGUAUUUGUCGUUUAAAUCACACAGUGUAUGGCUUCUCCAUUUUAGGGCUUAUAUUCAAAAUUGGUUUGGAGCCCGAUCUCGUGACGUUUGGCACCCUCGUUAAUGGGCUUUGCAUAGAAGGUAAUGUGGCUCAAGCAAUGAGGUUGGUGGAGCAUUUGGAAGACAUGGGAUAUCAGCCCAACUUCUACAUGAAUGGUACAAUAAUUAAUGGAUUGUGUAAGGUGGGAGACACUUCUGCUGCUAUCUCAUAUUUCAAGAAGAUGGAACAUUCUUUGAAUUUUGCAGCUUGGAAUACAGUUAUCGACAGCCUUUGCAAGGAUGGCAAGGUAUGCGAGGCUUUGGAUUUCUUUUCAGAAAUGACUCGCAAAGGUAUUCAUCUUACUCUCGCCACUUACAAUUCCUUAAUUGACGGCCUUUGUAAUUUUGGUAGAUGGAAAGAGGCUGCAACUCUACUGGGUCAUAUGAUGAGAAAGGGAAUCAUGCCAGAUGUGCAAAUUUUGAGUGUUUUUGUUAAUCAUAUUUGCAACGAGGGGAUGAUUACAAGGGCUAAAAGUAUAAUGGACUUCAUGGUUUAUUUUGGAGUGGAACCUGAUGUUUUCACAUAUACUUCACUGAUUAAUGCUCAUUGUUUGCUAAAUCAAAUGGAGGAUGCUAUGAAAGUAUUUGAUUUGAUGAUUCAGAAGGGCAGCAUACCAACUGCUGUGACUUAUAAUUCAUUGAUCCAUGGAUGGUGUAAAAUUAGAAACAUAAAUAAGGCUAUGCAUCUCUUGGGUGAAAUGGUUAAUUGUGGACUAAGUCCAGAUGUUAUCACUUGGAACAUUCUUAUUGGGGGGUUUUGUAAAGCAGGGAAACCAUUAGCUGCGAAAGAAUUGAUUUCUAUAAUGCACAAGCAUGACCAACUUCCUAAUCUCCAAACUUGUGCCAUUAUUUUGGAUGGCCUAUUCAAAUGUCAUUUUCCUUUCGAGGCAAUAUCAUUGUUUAGGGAGAUGGAGAAGAUGAAUUUUGAUCUCCAUAUCGAUAUUUACAAUAUUGUGCUAAAUGGAUUGUGUAGGUUUGGAAAACUGAAUGAUGCACGAGAAUUGUUUUCUUGUUUGCAAAGUGAAGGCAAGAAAAUUGAUGUUGCUUCUUAUACGACAAUGAUUAAAGGUCUAUGUAACGCGGGACUAUUGGAUGACGCUGAAGACUUGCUGAUGAAAAUGGAAGAGAAUGGUUGUCCCCCAGAUGAGAGGACUUAUAAUGUGUUUGUCCAAGGAUUGUUGUGGAGAUAUGAUAUUUCAAGGUCAACAAAAUACCUUUUACUGAUGAGAGGCAAAGGUUUUUCUGCAAAUGCUACCACCACAAAAUUGCUUAUCAGUCAUUUCUCAGCUAAUAAAGAAAAUCCUACAUUACAAGAAUUCUUGCAGAAAUUUGUUUGAGUAUAUAACCGGUAUAUUUGAAUUCCAACAUUUCCUUCAGGGCUAACUUGUUAGCAUAGUCAGACUCUAUGUGCUUGGGUUUUAUAUAAGUUACUAUGUCAUUCCUCUUUCAAAUAUACCCAUGAACUAUGUUAAGGACCCUAGUUGUAAUCUUGUUUCGUGUCUAUUCUUGUGUUCUACAUAAUUUUUAAUAACAGCCUCAAUGUGCCAUUAUUUUU